CCCCUUGUACCGGCGCUGCGGUUGGAUGACCGGCCAGGAGCGCGCCGCUGGGGCGGGAUGCGGGUGGAGAGCAACCGCCCCAUCAGGCUGUGUCUGAGGCUGCUUCUGCGGGAAUCUGGCACUUUCCUGCAAGACGGAGCCGCCGGCUUCCUUCGUUUCCUUUUUUGCGCCCGCCGGCUGCAAAUUUAAGGGUUUGGGGCGGGAUAAUUUCUUGCUCGAAGUGUUUUAAGAGUGUGUGGGGGGGUGGUGGUAACAACAGCCAGAUGGUUAUCAGCAUCCCUGAGUAUUUCCCGGAUACCUGUAGCAUCCUUUCUCGCUGGUACAGAUCAUCCAAAGUACCUCCAGGUAUUGCAAAUACUGUAACCCCAGAGUGAAAACCACCCUCUCCCUUUCUUCCCCGGACGGGAACCUGAGCGUGCGUCACAUUUUCACUGAGCCUCUGCGAGUUACUGCAAGACUGUACACUGGAUCCCUGGAAACCUUAAUAUUUGACUGCGUAUAGUGCUUUUGGUAGACUGUCCUGAUAAUCUAUAGGGGACUGGAUCCCUGCUUGUGAUACACAAUGCAAGCAGUAGUACGCUUGAACAAGAUAAAGGCCUUCUUCCCAGGCCCUUCUACUGUAGCCUCAAAUGAACAAAACAAGGUCCCAGGAAUCAGUACUCCUGGGAACCAAGGAGCUAUCUUAAGUGGAGACAAGGCUGAUCUAGAGUCUUUCAGACAAAAGUUCAGGCGGUUUUGUUACCCACGAGAGUCUGGACCUAGGAAAGCCCUGAAUCAACUCUGGGAUCUCUGCAGUCAGUGGUUGAGACCAGACAUUCAUACAAAAGAACAGAUUUUAGAACUACUGGUAUUUGAGCAAUUCCUGACCAUUUUGCCUGAGGAGAUCAGGAUUUGGGUAAAGUUACAACACCCCAAGAGUAGUGAGGAGGUGGUGACGCUGGUAGAGGACUUAACAGAAACACUUGAAGAAAAGGAAGCUCCAGCUGUUCAAGAUUCUGCUGUUAACCAAGAGGAUAACUCAGGAGAAGAUAAACUGGUUGCUGUUCCAAACACGGAAACAUGUGAAUCAAUAGCAUUCAAAGAUGUGGUCAUGAGCUUUUCUAGAAGAGAGUGGAAGAAGUUGGAGCCUUCUCAAAAGGAGCUGUAUAAGGAUGUGCUACUGGAAAACUUAAAGAACUUAGAAUUUCUGGGCUUUCCAGUUUCCAAAUUAGAUUUGAUUUCCCGGCUAAAAUGGGUUGAAUUACCAAGACUAGUGGAAAAAGAACUCUCAAAACACUCCAGGCCAGAGUGCGAGCCUCCAGGUGAAUUGGAGGAAUCUGUUCAAAACCGUGAUGUUUUCAUGGAAGAAUUAACUUCAGAGAAAAUAAUAGAAGAAUGCUUCAAGGAUGAUGGUUGUGAUCUGAUAGCAGAAUUCAAGAAACGUUAUGGCAAAUCCAAAGAGGAUCGUAGCACACAGCAGAGUUCAAAAGGACCAGUCACAGAAAAGGAAACUCACAAGAGAAACAAUAAAGGUGAAGUAGUAGACCCAGAAAAGAGCCCCUUUGGAAAGAAAUUCAAACACCUGAAAGCCUAUUUAAGGAAGAAGUCCAAGAAGUAUAACGAAGGCAAGAAACCCUUCAAUUUUCAUUCAGAUCUUGUUCCGAAAAGCAGAGAACAUGUUGCAGAAAAGUCACAGAAACGCAGUGAAGCUGGAAAAGACCAACAUUGCGCUUUAUGUUUAACUGAGCAUCAGAAAUGUAAGAAAAUUUAUUUGGGGACUAAAUCCCGGAAAUGCAGUAACUGUGGGAUAGCUUUUACACGAAGUUUAUCCCAUUGUAAUAGAAGAAGCCCUAUGUGUGAAAAAUGUCACAAGAAAUUACAUCAAGGCGCAACCUCAGAGGAAGACAAGGGAACUAACUCUGGAAAAACUACUCAUAAAUGUAGUAAAUGUGGAAAAGCCUUUUGUUAUAGUGCCUCACCUAGCAAACCUCAUAGAAUUCACACUGCAGAGAAACCCAGUAUGUGUGCUGAUUGUAGAAAAACUCAUAAUAAAAAAGCUCAUAGUGGUAGUUCAUCACUCAAGUCACGUCGCAAAACUAAGAAUGUAGACAAACCCUACAAAUGUAAACACUGUGGAAAAGGUUUCACCCUGUGUACUGAUGUCAGUAAACAUCAAAGAAUUCAUACUGGAGAAAAACCCUUUCAGUGUAAAGAGUGUGGGAGACCCUUCAGUGACAGUUCAACUCUUGCUCAACAUCAGCGUACUCAUACUGGAGAAAAACCUUACAAAUGCAAAGAUUGUGGGAAAUCCUUUACUCAUAGCUCUUCCCUUGCCAAACAUCAGAGAAUUCAUACUGGAGAGAAACCAUAUUCAUGUAAUGAAUGUGGAAAAUCCUUUAGACAGACUUCUUGCCUUACACGACAUCAGAGAAUUCACACUGGAGAAAAACCAUAUUCAUGUAAGGAUUGUGAUGCCAAGUUUAGCCAUUUUUCAUCUUUUGUUUAUCAUCAAAGACUUCAUAAAGGAGAAAAACCCUUCAAAUGUGACCAGUGUGAGAAAGCCUUCCCUACCCCUUCCCUUCUCACUCGUCAUCUGAGAACCCAUACAGGUGCGAAACCUUACAAAUGUAAAGACUGUGGGAAAACCUUCAGUCAGAGUUCAUCUCUUAAUGAACAUUACCGAAGUCAUACUGGAGAGAAACCUUACGAAUGUGACUAUUGUGGAGCAACCUUUAGUCGGAGCACAAUCCUUGCAGAACACAUGAAAAUUCAUACCAGAACAAGUGACUAUGAAUGCAAUAAAUGUGACAAAAAAUUUAAAAGUAUUUCAGGCCUUAUCAGACAUCGGGCAUCUCAUGCUACAAGGUAGUCUUGCAAACACAGUAAGGUGGGGUUGGAAAUAUCCAAAUUACUAGAAAACCUGAAUAUAAACAAUAUUGAUUAAUAGCUGCAAUUUCAGUGGGUUAGCAGCUAGGGAAAUUACUCUUCUCCAUACUUGUUCAUUUCGAGGCUAUCACCUGCUGAUAAACAGUAAGUAGUACAGUGGAUAAAGUCAUGUGGAAAGUGAAGAAGACAUGAGGUGUAAAAUGAUUCUAAAAGGCCAAACUUAAAACUAUAAAGUGUUUUUCUUCAGGAUAUUUCCCUCUCUUGCUCCUGCUCUGCUGACAUGGAUCAUGAUAGCUUGACUUAUAUUACAUGGGCAAUGUGUCCCAUAUUGACAGCUGUAUUCUACAUAACCUUACGUCUGAAUUUUAGGUUGUGUACCAGUAGAACAAAUGGAAGGGACUAAUGAUUUCUGAGGGUUUUGUUUGUUUGUUUUUCUUAUCUCUCCUAACUGAUGCUGUAGAAAGUGUUAAAUGUUUUUUAUUUUUUGGAAUUUUCUUGUUUCUCUGAUAGAAAAUUGUUCUCUUAUACCAUACUAGACUUCUAUUUCAGUGAGAGUGCCAAAUACUCUAGCUGUUUGAUGCAGGAAUCCUUAGAAUGUGAUAGGAAUAAGAUAGAGCUCAAACUCUUUGCCUUCAGGGAAUCUCUAAUGACAUAAAAUGCCCCAAACUUUUUAUUUUGGUUACUAACUGAAGGGAUCAAGCAUCCAAAAAACUCAAACUUGAGUUAACUCAGUCAUGAGAGUCACAGUCCCAGGAGAAUAGAUUGGGGUUGGGGAAAGAAACUUGCUGAAAACAGCUGUUCUGAGUGGGUUUUCAUUUGCAACACAGAAUUACAUAUUUUAAAAUUUGUGUCUGUAGCAAAUACAGCUUCCUGCAGUUGCAGUGUAAGCAUUCAGUAUAGCAGCAACCACAUCUCUUAGAUUGGGCCCUGAGUCAUGCCUUGGGUUGUCUGCAGUGCAGGAUUUUUACGUGUGUGUGUGUGUGUGUGUGUGUGUGUGUGUGUGUGUGUGUGUGCGCGCGCGCUUAGUUGCCAUUGUUUCAAAUUAGAGACUUUCAUGUUCAAACAAGGUUUCUCUUUUAAAAAUAAUUAUAAGGGCUGCCCAUACUGGACUCAGAUCUCUACAGCACUCAGCUGGUUCUGAGUAGCGACUGUCUCCUUUAAAUGGAGGAUCUACUUUCUUACUUGUCAACUUCUCUUCUGUGUAUAGCCCAACUUUUCCAUUGUAGAAAUUUAAUAUUCUAGUCCUCUACCAUCUGGAGAAUACGUAAUGCAGUAAAAUUUAUUAUUUUCCUUUUUCUUUUUCUUUUUUUUUUUUUUUGGUACUGGGGAUUGAACUCAGGACCUUGUGCUUGCCAGGUAGGAGCUGUGCCACUAAGCUGUACCCCUGGCUCCACUAAAAUUUAAAGAGACCCCAUUUCAUAGCUAGUCAGGUUCAAGGAAAGGAUAAUAGUAUUGAUGAUGUUUUGAGUUACUUUUGAGUGUGUGUGUAAUUAGACCUCCAGGGGUAGGAAUAUACGGGUAUUGAUGAAUAUUCUUUUAAAAUUUUAUUGGUGAAGUCGGAAUAAUUUCUGACUGGAAAAGAAACUAAAGAUUCUGAGUGAUUUAGGUUUGGGUCUCAGGUCAUGGGGCUCCAGAGAAGUGCUAGUGACUUGGCAAUAGUGUAGAAAUAAGUUCUUAAAGUUGAAAUUUGAGGCAGUUUCUGUAAAAAACAACUGAGCUGUGGAACUCUGAGCUUAUGAAAGCGAAGUGAUCUUAAUGCUGAUCUGAGACUCAGGAACAUUUGCUGUAAUUUAAGGUGCUUAGGUUUGAAAUGCUACCUCUGGAUGUGGGUUUUGGUUUUUCUCUGCGUAUCUCUCAACCUUCAAAGCCUGCAGUUCAAACACUGCUGUGUGAUGAUUUGAUACAUGUAGUUAUCCUAAUGGAUGUACCAAAUGCACUUUAGCCAGGAAAAGAAUAUAGGCUGUAAUAAUAUAUUAUUAUAAUAUAAUAAUAUAUUAUAUAUUAUAUAUUAUAUAUUAUUAUUAUAUAUUAUAUAUUAUAUAAUAUAUUAUAAUAUAAUAUAUUAUAUUAUAAUAUAAUAUAUUAUAUAAUAUAAUAUAUUAUAUAAUUAUAAUAUAUUAUAUAAUUAUAUAUAAUAUAUUAUAUAAUAUAAUAUAUUAUAUUAUAUUAUAAUAUAUUAUAAUAUAAUAUAUUAUAAUAUAUUAUAAUAUAUAAUAUUAUAUAUUAUAUAUUAUAUUAUUAUAUAUUAUAUAUUAUAUAUUAUAUAUUAUUAUUAUAUAUUAUAUAUUAUAUAAUAAUAUACUAGUAUUGUAAGGAUUUUUUUUUCCUGAAAAAUUAUGAUUUGUGGAAAGAACUUAACAAAUUGGUAAAACUCUUCUUGAGAGGAGAUUUGUUAUAGGUUGUUUACUGAGGUUAGACUUCCCAUCUUUCAUAAGUGGAUGUUAUCCCAGUAUCACUUGGGCAUUGGCAGUAUAAACUUCCUUUACAAUUUUAUCAAGGUAUAAAUUAUACAUGAAAAACAUUUCAGCUGUACAGAUCAGUAGAUUUUAGUAAAUUUACUGAAUUUGUACAGCCUUCAUCACAACGCAUUCUUGACACUGUCAUCCCCAUUUUCCUUAUACUAACAGUCAAUCACAUCCUUAAUCCAAGGCAGCCAUUAAUCAGUUUAUAUGUACAGUUACCCGUACCUGGGCAUUUAUGUGGUCCUUUGUUUCUUUUUUUCAUUAACAUGUUUUAAAUUUAUCUAAGACGUAGUGUAUCAUAUUACUCUCAUUGUUAAAAUUUUUAUUUUCAGCAUGACUUGUACACUACAGUAAAGCAAAGAGGGAAAACAUCUCUUGCUUUAAAAUUCCAUAUUCAUGAUAGAAAUUAGUCUUUAUCUUGGAAAAUUGUCAAAAAUUAUGUCAUGUGUUUGAAUUUAGGUAGUUAAUUGAUGUUUUGUAAAUUUAAAUGUCCUUUGAGAUGGAGUAUCUCCCAAGUUUUUUUUUGAGCAGUGUGUUAUGUCACAUGAUGUAUCUAAAACUAAAGAAAAAGACUCAAAAAAUUUCAAAUUUUGAAUCAACUGGUCUUUGAUAUUAUUAUAAAUAUAUAUCCUAUAAUGUGAUUUGCUCAUGUAUAUUGUGUGAACAAAAUUGUUUAAUGGUAUAUUUGAAAACUUGUUUUCCUCAGUGAGUUUUUUAGAUGUCAUUUGCUCACAAGUUUCUAAAUUAUAGUAACAUGAUUAUUUUUACUGCAUCUAACAUUUGUGUGUGUGUAAAAACAAGCUGUUUUAUAGCUGGGUAAGUUUACAAACAGAUCCUUUUAAAAUUUGCUUAAAACAGUUUUUUUCUUGGAAAUUCUUGUCUGACUAAUUUGAUGGAUUUUUUUUGAAUAAAUUGUUGAAAACUUCUGUAAAUCUUAAAUAUUAUCUCAAGUAUUGUCUACUGUAUUGUCUUACACUGGAAUUAAAUAGUGCUCUUGUUUGCUGCUGUAAAUUAUAAUUACAAUUUAUCAUUGAACAUCUGCUAUGCUCUUUUAUUCCCAUUUUUCUUGACUGGAUAUAGUAUAAGCCUCUGUGUCUUCACCAAAUUCUGCCUCAGUAAUAUGCCUUUGUUUACAUUUUUAAUGUUUCCCCAGUUUUUAACUAGAAAAUAACUAUAAAACAGUAGAUAGAAAUUUAUGGUUUAUGUAACAUUAUAACUUGCUGUCUGCAUAGGUAUACUCUUACACUAUUUGUGUAAUAUACCCAAAUUAACCUAUUGUGAUAUUUUAUCUGUGCAUAAAGUUAUCUGAACUGAAUCAGUCUUUGAUACUGAGUAGAUUGAUGGUGUUGUUUACAUGUGACACUAAAAAUAAUGCACGUUCCUGAAUAAGUCACAACAGUGUCCUAUGCGAUGCAGUGGCUAAAGUGAAUUGUGGUUCUAUUAAAUAAAGUUGUGUUUAAUGAAAAAA